AUGGAUUUGACACGCGGCUUCUCGAAAAAAAUGGUGGCUCAGGGCCUUUAUCGCGCUCUUUCUUUUCUUCGUUUGGCAGUUGUUGUACGCUAUUUCUCGAGUUCAAUCGUUAGAUGAGGAAAAAGUCACGCUUCAGGCUGAGGUUUUUUGAAAAGUGUGUUAAAUUAUGUAUGAAAGAGUUUUAGAUUGAAUUUCUGAAGCGGAAAAGCGAUGAAUUACGAAUGGAUAUAAUGGACAAGGAACGAAAUAAAAUAAGGUUGCAGAAAAGAGCCGAUCAGUUGGAAUUAUUGUUGGUUUUAUUCUACAAUUCUUGUUUUUUCUACUGUGCAUGAAAAAGAAAAGGUUCGAAGGUUAAAAAUUAUUAUUUCUGCUAAAAUGUUAUUACUCGCUUGCUAACUAAAGUUCAAAAGGGGCUUUUUUUCUAUUUUCAAUUUUAUUCUUUUCAUCCUUUUAUUUGAAAUGAAAAGAAGUUGAAAGAACACGGUUAUUCCAAAAAUCACAAAAAAGAUGAAAGCUAAUUUGAUUUUGGUCUGCAAAAAUAUUGCAGGUGAAACUGGGCGGCAAAAAAAUUUUUGGUUUUCUGAGAACAAAAGGACUUUUUUUAAAGUUUAUAUUCUGUAAACAGAAGGUUUUUUUAUAUUUCCGAAUUUUUUUGAAUAUAAAAAAACAGUAGAAUUUUUGCAGUUUUCAUCUAUUUCUCACAAUUUUUGAGCCAAAAGCAAGUUUUUUUUCGUUUUUUAAGUUUUCGAAGAAAAGUUUAGAGGCGUUUAAUAUUUUUAAAAAAAUACGUCCUGGGAUGUUCAAAAAAACUAGAAAAGGGCUUUUUUUGAUAAAAAGGAGAUUUUUUUCUGUUCUUUUUGAGUUCUAUAGAGAGAUAUUUGAAGAUUAUAUUUCUAUUUUUCAAAAAUUUAACUGCGCAGGUUUUUUUUUCGAACUUUGAGGGGAACUGGGGAAUUUUUUUAUACAAAAAAAGGUUUGUAAUUUCCGAGAAAUCAUAGUUAAAAUUUUCGUAUUCAUGAAGUUAUAAUUCUUUCAACAAAAGUUUUUCUUUUCGAGAUUCGAAACAGAAAAGGAAUUUUUAGGAUCCGCGACCGAGUUUCUCUGAUGCCAAGAGGCCGAGCCACCGACCCGGUCAUUUAUUUCAUCACGCCGACGGCUUUUCGGCCGGCUCAACGGGCCGACCUCACCCGGCUUUCCUACACCUUGGCCCAUGUCCCGAAUCUCCAUUGGAUUGUGGUCGAAGACACUCUUGAGCCCUCAAAAUGUGUGUCCGACGUCAUUAACAGGUUUCCGGAAACUUUUUCGGAAUUUUUUCACUCUCACUUUUUUUUUGCUUUUUCCUGCAUUUUCAUUGAAAAAGCUUUCAAAUUUGAUCUUCCAAAAAAAAAAAAUCUUUCUUUUGCUCAUUCGCUUUGAGACCUGUAAGUUCAAUUUGGACUAAUUGGCGUGGAAUUUUGCUAAAAAUUCAAAUUUUCCAAAAAAAAAACCCAUUGAUUUCAGAAGCCGAGUUAAAGCCACCCACCUUUUCGCAAAAACAAGAACUGACAUGAAAAUGAAGUACGCGGAUCCGAAUUGGCGGCUUCCCAGAGGAGUUGAUCAGAGAAAUGCCGCCUUGGCCUGGAUCCGGUUCGUUUUGAAACAGUGAAGUGAUCUUCCAUCAUGAAUUUCGCAAUUUUGAAAUUUUUUUGAUGACCGCUGUGUUGGGAUGCGGAAAAUGCAGAAAAUUUCAAUAAAAAAAAUAUAAUUUUUAAUUAUUUAAUUUUUUUUUUGUUCUGUAGAUUCCGUAGAGAGAGUGAGAACAAAGAUUGAGUUUUUUUAAUUAAUUUAAAAAAAUAGUUAACUUCUUUCAAUCCUAUAGUGUUUUUUUAAAUUGCAUUUCCUAUAUUUUUUUAUAAAAAAAUAAUUUUUCAACAGAACUUGAAAAAAAUACUUUUUUUCUUCCAGGACCCAACUUUCGGACGCCACAACAGGCGCAGUUUAUUUUGGCGAUGAUGACAAUACCUACGAUCUUCGACUUUUCGAUGAGAUUCGCAAAGGUUUCGUCAUCAUUUUUUGAAAUUCUUAGCUUUUUGUUAAUUUUCAGUGAAAAAAGCGGGAGUUUGGCCGGUUGGAAUCGUUGGUGGGCUGUUCGUUGAAACGCCGAAGAUUGGCGCGAAUGGUGAGAAUUUUUUUUUGAAAAUAGGGAAAGAACUCUUCUUCGUGUUAAAAAUUUUUAGAACAAGCUUCACCUUCCAUUUCUGUCUAUCUGUAGUUUUCUUUUUUUUUAUUGGAGCGAAUUUUCGAAAUCGUAGAAGGUGAACAUAAUUGUGUGUUACAAAGUGUUCCGCGGAAGUCACGCACAACUUUUAUACGACGAUUACUUGUGAUAGUAUCAUUGAGACUCCUUUUCAAUUUUCCCUCUAGGAACCACUAGCAUGCUUCCCGAGAGCGGUCGCUAACGAACCCCUAUAGUGAUUGUUAGCAUGACCCUUCUAAGGGCCACUAGCUGAUUUCCUAUGAGGUCUACAAGCUUUAGGGGUUGCAAAAAAUGGUCCCUAGAGGAGACCCUCCAAAGGUCCCAAAAGGUUGCCUCUAUAGGGACCACUAAUGAAUUCCUACUAAGGAGAGUGAAAAAGAUGAAUAAAUUCUGGAAAUUCAGAGAUGACUUUGCAUUUCGCGAAAAUAAUUUAAACGCGGCAUAAACGUACUAUUUUCCUGGGAAUUCAAAUUUCAUUCUCAAAAAAGUUUGUAUAUUUCGAUUUUUAGUACAAUUUUUCUCAGCUUGAAGCGGUCUCGAUGCAUUUUUUGCGCAUAUUGAUAUUAUAGUCAAUAAUUUUUGUCUUUGAAAUUGAAUAGUUUCCGUCAGAAACCUAACAAAAAAGUUCUAUGGCUAUUUUUCAUUAGAUGCAGACAAUUUCCAUUAAAAAGUCCUACGAAAUCGGUUUUUUUUUUUGAAUUUGCGCCAAACGCAUCGCGACUACUUUGCACACAUUCUGAUGCUGCUCCAAGGUUUCAUUUCUUGCUCCCGUGAAUGCGAACCGUCCGUGGGACUAAAAUGGGUGAAAGUAGGGCUCUGAACGUCCGCAGUGUUAGAUCACACAGCAGAGGCCGCACAUCGGUGUUUAAAACCGUGAAAAUACAUCAUAUCAAUUAAUAUGUUAGCUCUUUUCAUCCUCAUCUUUGUUCCACAGGCUCCAUCGAAUCGUUCAAUGCCGUCUGGAAGCCGGAAAGAUCUUUCCCCAUCGACAUGGCGGCUUUCGCCCUCAACCUGACGUUGGUCCUCCAGAACCCCAACGCCGGCUUUUCCUACGAUGUUCCCCGUGGCUACCAAGAGUCGACCUUCCUCGAAGGCCUCGGAAUUUCCCGGAAAAAUAUGGAACCGUUGGCUGCGUCCUGCUCCCAAGUGUUCGUCUGGCACACCAGAACUGAAAAACCGACUCUGACCAAGGAGAAGAAAAAGAUGUUGGAACGGUACCCGAAGAAUAUCGAAGAGUUCUUGCCUCUUGAAGCUAAUGCGCUUGGAAUCGAUCUUGUAGAUCCGUAG